AUGGUGUACACCCAGCCACCACACAGGUGCUGCCACAUGGUGCACACUCAGCCACCACAGGUGCUGCCUCAACACACCCAGCCACCACAAGUGCUGCCACAUAGUGUACAACCAGCCAUUGCAGGUGCUACCACAACACAUCCAGCCACCACAGCUGCUGCCACAUGGUGUAUACCCAGCCACCGCAGGUGCUGCCACAGCAUACACUCAGCCACCGCAGGUGCUGCCCAAUGGCUCACACCCAGCCACCAUUCCCUGGGCUGCUGUGACUCUCUCCGCACACUGUCACAGGAAAGGAACCUCAAGGAGGGUCAGUGUUUUACACAUAGAGACGCAGCCCUCUUGGUGGGGUUUCAGGAGAGGGUUGGGGCCCCACCACCCUUCAGAUCCCAAGUGAACCUCCCACCUGAUGCUUCAUGUGUCCAGCCCAACUUCCUAGACUCAGUCUCUCCUAGAGGGUGCGUUAACCUCCACAUCUUGAAGAGAGGAUGCUUCUUUGGACCGUAGUUGUGCAUUCAGUCAGUUACAGAGCUCCUUACUGCAAGAGAAAGCAGUGUGGACUGCUGCUUUCAGUGAGAACUCCCUGGCAGAUGGCAGAGCCCUGCAGUUGUCUUUUACACAUAAAACACGGAGGUGGGGUCAUGGUAUCAUCUUCACGUGCUUUCUGGUAGUGCUUUCUGCUGGAGUCUCUCUUGUUUUUCUCUUUGCUUAAAAGUAAGGUGUCAUGAAAGAAGCUUGAUCAAAUCCUCAUCCCAGAAAUCAAGUCGUGUUUUAAAGAAAUGACCCCCAUUUGCAUGGACACUGUUUUCUAACGGCUGCAAGGUGUCUUGCAAAUGAUCUAGUGUUUCCCUUCUCAUUUCUCUCAGGUCUAGCUCAGCCACCUUCUCCUUCUGUCAUCACUUUUCCCUCUGCAGCUAACUUGGUCACUGUGUCCACAAUUUAAAAAAAGCCAGCAUGAAUGAGAGAUAGAAUAACGAUGUUCAGAGACAUGGUUUUUGCUCCCUGUCAAAUGUGACCCCACCAGCAGUCCUGGUGUUGCAGUGGACAGGCAUCAGGAGGCCUGGCUUCUCAGCCCUGCUUUGUCACUUAACAAGCUGUGUGAACUUUGAAAAUCCUCACGAGUACCUGUGCUGUGGUAUGGUAUAGUGAGGUUGAUGAGUCGAUUACUUUGAAGGAGCCUUCGCUGAGCACACAACCACUAGUGCCUAUAUUGUGAGAAGCUUAAGUGAAAAUGGUACAUGUCAGAAGACAUGAGACAAGGAAAAGUUCUAAAAUGCCAGAGCAUGGGCAGAAGUCCCGAGUUGAUUGGAGGCGGACUAAAAGAAAUAGUAUCUUCCAAAUAUGUGACAGUGAUGAAGACCUAGACAGCGAUGAAGGCCUUGACAGUGAGGAGAGUGUCGACAGCAGUGAGAGUGUUGACAGCCAGGAGGAACAAGAGCUUGAGAUUCCCCAGGAGCCAGGUGGUAGUAAACAGCCAGGAAAUGGAAGGCAGCCUGAGCCAGCUUGCGCUGAGCCUGGGGUAAACAGCCGUGAGCAUCUCCCUCACCCUGGCAGCUCUUUGGCAUGUGCAGAGGAAAAGGACAAAGCUAAACACGGAAGCCUGGACCUAGCAGAUCACGAGCAGCCUUCAGGUCUAGCAGACAGUGUUCUGGGCAGAGCCCCAGGGCCAGCCACUGAGGAGGAUGGGGAAGAGGAGCGGGUCCAUCGUGGGCGGAGGAGAAGGGUCUCUUCCGUGAUGGACGACAGUGAUGACAGCGACGGCAGUGACAUUCUGGUCAGGAAAAUGGGUGUGAAGCGGCCGCGCCGCAUAGUUGAAGAUGAAUGCUCUUCUGUGGACUUGGAUCAGAAAACCCCAGAGCAGGCUUCAGCUGCACGGAAACGAGAGCAACUCCAGAAACUAAAAGAACUCUCAAAGCAGAGAUCCCAUCAGAGAUGCAAUAGUAGUAGAGAUUUUGAGGAUUCAGAAAAGGAAUCUUCCCCAAGCAAUGAUGAAAGUGAGAAGAAAGAUGAAGAGGAGGACUAUGAAUAUGAUGCAGAGGGAGAUCACUAUGUUUGUGAUGGCUUUGUAGUACAAGAUGAGGAGGGAGAUGAAGAAAACAAAAGCCAGCAAGGAGAAAAACUGAUCACAUCACAGCUGAAGCUAGUAAAGCAGAAUUCUCUCUAUUCUUUCAGUGAUCACUAUACUCACUUUGAAAGAGUUGUGAAGGCUUUUUUGAUCAAUGCUCUAGACGGAUCAUUUCUGGGAUCACUGUAUGAUGGGACCCGGCAGAAAUCAUAUGCUCAAGAUAUGCUGACAUCGCUCCAUUAUUUGGAUAACCACUUUGUGCAGCCCCGGCUUGAGAGCCUAGUUUCCAGAAGCCGCUGGAAAGAACAGUAUAAGGAACGGGUAGAGAACUAUUCGAGUGUGAGCAUCCAAGUCAAGAACCCUGAGAACUGCUCCUGCCAGGCUUGUGGACUGCACCGCUACUGCAAGUUCUUUGUGCACCUGUCAGGAGAGCUGUACAACACCAAGACCAUGGAGACAGAUGACUUCAUGUCACACGAUAAGCAGGAGUUUACCGUUGGAAGAAUCUGUGCUGAGCGGACCAGGAUCUAUCACACACUGAAGCACUUCAAAUUCAAGCUGUAUCAGGAGUGUUGCUCCAUUGCAGUGACAGAAAAGGUUGAGAACGAGCAGGUGAAAGAAACAGUGGAAAGGAUAUUCAGUCAGUCAAAAGAAAAGGGCUGGAUUAUGGAGAAAUACAGUCAACUUCAAGACUAUCUCAAUAAAGCAGAUUACUUUCAAGAUGAGAAGUUUGACUAAAUCUCCUUCAGAGAAGAUUUUAUAAAUUCUUGUUAAUGUGAAGCUCAUGAGUCUUAAUUCCGCGUAUCAUGUGACAUUUUGUGCAUAUUUCCAUGGCAAAAUAUCUAAACUUAUUUUCAUUGUAAUUUCCAGGAAAUGGCACUCUACAAUCUAAUAAAACUUUUAUCUGCUAUAUAUAGAAAACAUAAGUUUAAGAAAUUUUAAAUCCAUGAGUGUAUUUUAAAAUCAUAUAUGUAUGUGUACGUAUAUAUAAAAUGAUGCCUUUCUAACAGAUGACUACCAAGUAUUGACCAACAUUUACAUGUGAAGUACACUGGUUGCUGUGCCUCCACCCCAAUGUUUUUUUUACCCUCUCUGUGUUGAGUGGUCUUCACUGAUGUAGUCUCGACUCCUGUCAUGAUGUGACUCAGUGGCCAUGGGUGAUGCCUCAGUGUGCCAUCCCCCUCACACCCCUGGCUUCCUUUUCUGACAUUCCCAUAGGAAUGGGUCUCCACCCUUGGGUCUUUGAACCCUCUCCUUCAGGAAUCACUUUGUGACAUGUAUUUCAUGCUUUUUAAUAUUUUGUCUAGUCAAUUUUGUCUACAUGUGAAUAAUUUAAGAUGUAUUUGACUUGUCUUUUAUUCAUGACUUCUCCUGUAGAAGUAUUUAUGUCAGGCUCAGGAAGACUCUGAGAGACAGAUUGAGCCAAAAAUUGCUUACAGGCUUAUUUUGAUACCUGCAUUGCUUUGCACAUCUGAAUUUUUUCAUAAUAAAGUGAAAUGUUUUCAGUGUGAGUGACCAAUGGG